AUGCCUGCCUCAAUGUUUGAGCCUGGUGACGAAACAAGAGUCAAAUCGAUCUCUUCGAUCCACUACAUCGAGCUCAGAGCAUCCAGAACUGCCGCAGAAGCAAUCUUGAACCCUCGCGGUGUCAUACGCAAAGCAGCACAUGAGACUACUUCCAAUCCCCAACCCUCUGCAAAGCAUGCCCAGAUCAGGCAGGGCAACACCGUCCAACCCUCGAAAAAGUCUCCAAGCACGGAUCAAAUGACACCUGGCCUCAUCCAAACAUCAAACCGCUCCGGCUAUGAACAAGGAAAGCUUCACGGCCAACACAACGUAUACCAGGGAGAGCAACAGCCCGCUACGACUCCAUCCACAGACUUUCACGAAUCCCUUAUCAUUAUGAUGGUGGCUGUCGUCAGAAUCAAGGGUAUCACGAGGCAGUGCAGUUCUACGCCUGUUCGAGAACACCCUGCUCGACCAUUCUGUUGCAUCUUUCUAGACCUUUCCUUGAGUACCUGA